UUGCGCAGGCGCAGACCACAGCCUCGGGCAUCCGGGGCCCCACGGUUGCUAGGGUGACAGAGACACAACAUGGCGGCCGGAUGCUAACGCUCUCCAUGGAGGGACCACAGCGGAGGUCCUAGUGCAGGACCCCGCCCGAGGGAAGCAGAAGGCGGGGGUCCAACCUUUUUGCCUCUUUCCUUUCCGCCUUAGUGUCGGCAAGGGUUGUCGCCGGCUUCUGCGUCCAGGAUGAAGAAGUAUAAAGCAGUUGGCAAAAUAGGAGAGGGAACGUUUUCUGAAGUCAUGAAGAUACAGAGCCUGAGAGAUGGAAGGUACUAUGCAUGUAAACAAAUGAAACAGCACUUUGAAAGUAUUGAGCAAGUGAACAGUCUACGAGAGAUACAAGCACUGAGACGCCUGAAUCCACACCCAAACAUUCUUACGUUGCAUGAAGUGGUUUUUGACAGAAAAUCUGGUUCUCUUGCACUAAUAUGUGAACUUAUGGACAUGAAUAUUUAUGAACUAAUACGAGGGAGAAGACAUCCAUUAUCAGAGAAAAAAAUUAUGCACUAUAUGUACCAGUUAUGUAAAUCCCUUGAUUAUAUGCACAGAAAUGGAAUAUUUCAUAGAGAUGUAAAACCAGAAAAUAUACUAAUAAAGCGGGAUGUCCUGAAGCUGGGGGACUUUGGGUCCUGCCGGAGCAUCUACUCCAGGCAGCCGUACACAGAGUACAUCUCCACCCGCUGGUACCGGGCCCCCGAGUGUCUCCUCACCGAUGGCUUCUACACGUACAAGAUGGACCUGUGGAGUGCCGGCUGCGUGUUCUACGAGAUCGCCAGCCUGCAGCCGCUUUUCCCUGGAGCUAAUGAACUGGACCAAAUCUCAAAAAUCCAUGAUGUCAUCGGCACACCUGCUCAGAAGACCCUCAGCAAGUUCAAGCAGUCGAGAGCUAUGAGUUUUGAUUUUCCUUUUAAGAAGGGGUCAGGAAUGCCUCUACUGACAAGCAACUUGUCCCCGCAAUGCCUCUCCCUCCUGCACGCGAUGGUGGCCUAUGAUCCGGAUGAGAGGAUCGCCGCCCACCAGGCUCUGCAGCACCCCUACUUCCAAGAACAGAGGAGAACUGAGAAGCAGGCUCUGGCCAGCCACAGAAAGGCUUUCUUUCCAGAGCUCCUCGCGGCAUCGGAGCCACUCGGGAACACCUGGCAGAUUCCAAAGGCGGCCAGAACACAGCAACAGUUUCUAAAGGAGGUUCAUCCCAAGAGACAGGGGCCGGCCUGUGUCAUGGAACUGCCCAGACUCAAGCUUCCGGGAGUGGCCACCCUGUCACCUCACUCCAGCCCUGUGCUGCAGUCUGUGUUUGGAUCGGGAACGAGUGGAAAAGUCCCAGUGUUGAGACCCUUGAAGUGCAUUGGUGUGAACCAGAAGACAGACUCGCAGAAGGACAUUAAGCCCAACCUGAAGCAGUGUCACUUGCCCCUGAUAGGAAGGAAAGGUGACGGAUACUGAGCAGCACGUGCCACCUCCUUCUUGACCAGCCGAGGCCUGGCGACUGGGCUCCUGAGAUGGGACGGAGGACUCAGGGGGACCUGGCAGUGGCUUCUGUGCUCGUGGGGCCUCGGAAGUGCCACUCGUGGGCCAGCUGUGCUGAUGGGGCUGGGCCCGUGCAUCUGCAUCCCAAGCAGCUGUACCAAAUGUUCCAGGCUAAUACUAAUACAUGUGUAAAACCGCCUCAUUCUAGGGCUUUAUUUCAUUUUACUUAUGUAGGAAUUUGGGGCAGGGAAUAGUUUGUAACUUUUUAUAGAAGUCAGUAUGGAUAAGCUGGAGUUUAUAUGAUGUAUUAGCUAGGCAUGGUGUACAGGCAGGCCCUGCCUAUGAUUUCUUCUCCAGUAUCAGCAGUGUUGCUCAAAGUUCUAUUAAAGAAUAAGCCAGCAUUUCA